GAAAUGAAGCACCACGGACUUGUGUGUGCUGUGCCUCCUCCAGCCGGUGCCACAGCACCAAGCUGCUAGCAAAGGUAGCUGCGGUAGUUCCCACAGCAGCCGAUUUGUUUGCCUUGCGUGCAGUUCCAGCCGCCUCCUGCAGCAUUGAGUCGCACAUUUAAAAAGAACCUGUGCUGCUGCUGAGGAGGCUGAGAGACUCUUGAGGGGUCUCUGAGGCUGAAAGACCCUUCCUAGGAAAGGGGAACUGAGGACGUGGCAUUUUGCCAGGGUUUGAACUUCAGAGCAGUUGAGCGGGGAGGAUCGAGGUUUGAUAUUCCAAAAACUGACCUGCAUUAUAUCCAGAAACUUUCAAAAUAGCAAUGGCCAGGCUGUUACAAGAUCCAUCUAAACUUCAUCCCUCAGAAUGGUACACUGCAAACCAGAUGCAGCGUGCCAGUACAGAGUCCCAGAAAUCCAGGUCAGAAUGCAUGACAGCUGAGAGUUGGAGGCUGGUGGAUGAAAUAGAAAAGACAACUCAAAAAACCCAGAGUGAUGUCAACAAGAAAUUAGAACAGAGACGGGAAGAGAUAAAAUUCUGGAAGCAAGAAUUAGAUAACAAGCUAGAACAAAUUGUUCAUGAGACAGAGAUUUUGUUGACUUUCAAGAAUAGGCUGGAGAGAGCUUUGGAGGGUUGCAAAGAGCCCCUUGUCGUUGCCCAGAAGUGUCUCCUGUACAGGCAGAGGCGAGUUGGGAUUGACUUGGUGCAUGACGAAGUGGAACAGCAGCUGCUGAAGGAAGUUGAAGUCCUCCAGGGGAUUAUUGCUUUACUUGGACGUACAUUGGAACAAACAAAUGAGCAAAUCAGACGGAACCGUUCAGCAAAAUACGACCUGGACAUGGAUCUGAAGGACAAAUUCACAGCUUUGACAAUUGAUGAUUACUGUGCUAGCUUGACAAAUGACACUCCUCAUAUUAUAUAUGCUGAUAAUGCAGUGAAACUAGAAGGAAAUUUUGUUACCCCUGAGGACUGGAUAGAUUUCACAAACAUAAAUGUUGAAAAGGCUGACAAGCAGCGAAACAAUUCUUUGGCACUGAAGGCACUUAUCGAUGGCAUCCUCUCACAGAUAGCAAAUGACAUGCGCAAGCAAUGUGAGAUAGUGAAUAAUGCUUUUAGAAAUAGGGUGAAGGAAGUCAAGGAUGCCAAGCACAAGCUAGAGACACUUCUUGCAAUGGUAAUGGAUGAGACUGCCUCACAGGAGAAGAACAUUGCAGCCUUAAAGAAAGCAAUCACUGAUAAGGAAGCACCUGUGAAAGUGGCUCAAACCCGCUUGGAAGCGAGGAACCGUCGCCCCAAUGUGGAACUGUGCUAUGACACGGUGCACAGCAGCCUGAUGAGUGAAGUUCAAGAGAUUACCAAAAAUAUUCAAAGAUUAAAGGAUGCAUUGGCACAGGCUCAGACAGAGCUGAAAGGCCUGAGCCGCCGACAGCUUUCCUUGGAGGAAGAGAUCAAGGUCAAGGAGAACACACUGUACAUUGAUGAAGUGCUGUGCAUGCAAAUGAGAGAGUCUGUUUGCAUAAACAAUUACUGAAGUCAUUAUACUGGGAGACUGUGCUCCAAAGAACCAGCUCCUGCUGAAAUUUUAUUUGCAGGCUUCCAAAUGUAUUGGUUUCCAAAUGUAAUGCUGUCUAGUUGCACAAGGUAAUUAAAACAGACCUAGUACUACAGCUAUCUUACUAUCUAUGCUCUAAAAUGUUUGAUGAAAUCUUCCACUUGGCAAUAAAAUUCAGAAUAAUGAGAAA